AUGAACCAACAAAUACCAAAAUCAUUAGUAUCAAUAUGGCAACAUCCAACCAAAAACGAUUUACUAAUACAGGACGAAAUGAAUCAAAUGAACCUAACAAGAGACACCAACUUAUUAAGUCAAAUCCUUGGAGUACAAUUGGAACUGGUAAAAACAUACCCAGAUCUUAUAAAACAAUAUACCAAAGAAUACCGAACUACCAACAAUUUCGAAAUAACCUUGAAAGGAAGUCCAGAACCAUGGUACCUAGUAAAAAGGUUAACAUACAACCUAGAAAGCCCAUGGACAUUGACCAAAUCACAACUAGUAAUGGUGAACUGGAUGAUGAAUAAACAAGAACAACAAACUUUCAAAAUAGUAGAACAGAGCAAACACUAUCUUCAAGCAAUCCAGGAGGAACAAAUCUUUCGAGAUGUAGAAUCUGUGAUGGGAAGCAAGGCAUUCACGAUUACAAAGAAUGUCCAGACAUUAUUUGUAGAAAAUGUAGAGGAUCGCAUUACCACAGUAAAUACGACCAAUUCAUCUAAUACUGUCCAAAAAGAAUACUAUGGGAUAACAACUGAAACCAAACCUGUGGAUGCAAUAAAAAAGAAAUAUGGAAAAAAUAGCAUUGUUGUAACUGCUACCAACUAUGCAGUGAAUCAUGACCAAAUGUAUCAACAAAUAUCAGAUGAUAAUGCAUCAGAUAAAGAAAUCAUUCGAGAACAACUAAUAGACUCUGGAAGUCUUAUUACAUGUACAAGUUGUGGAACUGAAAAACUUAAACAACAAAUGGAAAACUGGGGAGGAUCAUUCUUCUGUAAAAUAGAAGAAAGAUUAGUGCACACCAUAGCAUUGGAAUUAAUAAACCCAAAUUAUACCUUUGAAGGAAGGCUUCGACAUUGGACAGAAUCAACAAGAAAAAGAACAUCAUAUAAUGAAGUAAACCUUACACUAACCAGAGAAAUAUUUGAAGAAAUACAACUGGGAAGAAUAAACCCACAAACGGUAAAUAGAGAAAUACAACUAAACGAUGUAUUCUCAACACCAAAUGGGAUAAUGCUACAACAAUUCAUAAAUGAAGAAAUAACGGAUGAAACUGAUGAACAAUUAUUCGGACAACUAAUUUUAAUGAAACUGAACUCCAAAGGGCAAUAG